GAAGACUUCUCUAUGAUCCAGUAUUAGAUGCCAUCGAUGGCUCAUUAUUUUAAUAAUCGGCUGGUCCUGUUCCAGUUGCAUACAGUGCAGUUGAUUUCAGACAGCCCUCGAGGCUUAAAUGGGCUUACAUCACUGGACACUUCACUUCGCUAAUCUCGAGAGAAAAGACUCUUUCGUGAUGGCACGUAUACCUUGGACUCUACACAAAAGCUACAAUUUUAUUUAGUUUACGUGACAAAAGAACGAGGUAUCUUGCGGAAAGAACAUCUCAUCCUAAGUGUGCAUAAGCUUAUCUUUUAAAUGCCUGCAUUAAAGAUAGCAAAGAAGCACUUUACUGUUUGCACGACACCGUGAAUUUUUACGUACGCAUGCACUUGAGAAGGCUCGGAGAGCGGACUUUGAUUACUCAUUGUUACUCUAUAUGAGAAGAGACUCUAAUUCCGAAAGUGAUGUCGUCUGUUGCAGUAGCCGCAGUAUUUAUAUUCUGUUUCCUGUGUUUCAGACUCACUGUCAGCCAAACAAAAUUUACAAAGGAGCCUCCUAGUACCGUGUCUGCAGGUUUGGGAUCCAGUGCCAUAUUUUCGUGGGAUUUCAGUUUUGGAAACUUGGGUGAUUUCGAAAAAGUCGUAUGGGGGCAAACGGAUAAAAACGACCGGAUCCUGGAUAAUUACAUCACCAUUUGGAAAAGCGGGUUAGCACAGAAAAACCCAAAACUCGACAACUCAUUCAAAUCUAGAUUGAGCUGGGCCGGAAAUAUCAGUCAACAUGGCGGUCUGUUUGAUUUCAUCUUCAAGAAUGUCACAAAAUCAGAUGAAACUCGCACUUACGGUUGUACAGCGUAUGUGUCUGGGAGUGAUUACAGGAGUGGUCCCAUAAAACUGGCCGUUCUCAUUCCACCGACCAUAACCCAUCGAUCCAACAAGACUAUUGAUGUUGAAGAAGGAGUUAACGUCACACUACAUUGUGACGCAAUAGGCGACCCUACCCCAAGUGUCCUAUGGGUUAAGGAUGGUAAAACGCUACAAAAUGGCACCUCAACGCCUACGCUUCAAAUUCCAAGAAUAGAAUUGCGAGAUGCUGGAACUUAUGUCUGCACAGCCGCGAACCAAGCUGGCUCCACGAGUUACAGCGUUCAAGUGAGGGUCGUACGAUAUAAACCUUACAUUAACAAGACAGCAACUACAGAUCCUCUCAUAAAAUCCUGGAUUAACCACACGACAACCUUAAAGUGUGCAGUGGAUGCUAAUCCGUCUGCAAAUUUUACCUGGUUAAAACAUGGUCAACCAAUUUUAGCCGGGGUUCGCUUCAUGCAUGGCAUGAGUACACUGAUGCUGAUUCCAAAGACUAUGGGCGACUUUGGUUUGUACUCGUGUAAAGCUGAAAACGAGAAAGGGUCAAUGGUAUAUAAUAUUACAGUGGAGCGCCUCUACUCACCGGGGCCGCCCGUAAUAAACAAAUUUACCUCAGACGUGCUGUCCGUCAAUGUGUCAUGGGAUGCACCACAAGACGACACUGAUGGUGGUAUAUUUGAUUACAAAAUUACAAUACUUGAGGAAAACUACCUAAUGACACAGCAGCAUCAUGGAAUUAAACAAACGUUCUUCAGCUUUCAAAAUCUGAAACAAAACAGAUCUUAUAUCGUUUUCUUACAAGCAAGAAAUAUUGUAGGUUAUGGAGAGUCCGCAAAUGGCACUGUUAGAACGCUUGAGGCAGACCCACCAAACCCACCCGAUAUAAAAGCGAUAUCCGAAGUUCUUGCGUUAAACAUAACUUGGCACUCAUCAAUUGAGGACAGCAAAAUUGAAAUACUGGAUUACAGAAUAAAGGUUAUAGAUAGUAUCACACACAGACAAGAAAAUGAAUAUACCGGAAUAAGAAAUACAUCACUACUUAUUGAAAACUUAAGAAGAAACAAGACGUACAUUGUAUUCAUCCAGGCAAGAAACGAAGCUGGCUACGGACAGUUUGCAAACACCAGCGCAACAACUCUUCUACCAGGGCCACCAGACACACCUUUUAUAUCAAACAUCAGUGUUGUUGGAAAACGCUGUUCACUGCAUUGGAGGACACCAUACAAUGGUGAAAGCCCGAUAAAGAUUUAUAUCGUGCAUCUCUGGGUACUAAUAACCGCGGCAAAUGGCUCAUCGCACAAGGAACAUUUGAGUUCCUGGAAUACUACAGAAAUGAGUUAUGCUUUGGAUCUAGAUUGGGACCGAAACUACUCGGCGGCCAUAUCAGCUUGGAACAAGUAUGGCGAGAGUUUAGGGUUGUCUUUGAUGGAGAGACAAUUUAGCACUGCGAAAGAACCUGAAGAAGAAAGCACGACAACAGAGUCCAGCACUACCGUCACUUUACCGCACACUACGUAUUCCCCUUCAGAAGAAGAAAGUACGACGGCAGAGUCCAGUACUGCAGUCACUUUACGACACACUACGUACUUCCAAUCAGAAGGAUUAUCAAGCAGCACUGUAGUAUCUCAGACGGAGUUACCUGUAAUAACACAAGAAUUAAAAGGAUCCAGCGCCGAGAGAAAAAGCGAAAAGGAUACGUUUGCUUACCUUCUUCCACUGUGGAUUAUCUUGCUGGCAUUCGCAGUGCCUAUAAUUUUUUUCCUGUCCUGGAAAGCAUCUAAAAAGAUCACUCGCUGCCGCGGUCUGAAAGUGACAGAUUUUGACGGAGAUUGUGAGCAAGGCAAUGCAUUCUCGCUGAGUAAAAUGGAAAAACUGAAGGAAAGAAGGAUUUCCAAACACUACGAGACUUUAAUAGAAGAUUUAGAAGGGCAUCGUAAUCAUGGUCACUGCAUGGAGGACGAAAGUGUCAUAGACAAUGGGAACCCUGUGACAGAUCACCAACAGAUCCCAGGAAGCAUUGGGACGUGUGAUCAGACUUACGAGAAACCAGACAGUCCUGGUUCAAAACAGGACUCCAUCGAUCUGACGAAAGAUGAUGCAAAACCCUUUGAGAACUUCCAAAUGGCGCUUAAAUGAAGACAAAGGCCAAUCCAGGCUCUUCGGAUGAUGAUCUGAUGCAGCAAUGGAACGUGCUCUGGAUGAAAUUCCAGUAUUCCUUGUCGACUUUUCUUAAACAGUAUAUUUUACUUCAAGUCAGCACCAAUCUUUUUAUAAUCAACAUUAAUUACAAUUUAGUACAAUUUACUAAACAUAAUGAGGAAAUUUAUUGGUUGUUUUUUGACGUAAAGAAAACAAAUUAGUGGUAAAUAGCUGUGAAACUGCAAAAUUAGACGACUUUUUAGUUCUUGAACUUGAGCAUUGUAACAUACUCCUUCGUGGGCAAUCUGAUUAGCUUUCAGCCGUGUGAUUCACUCAGGAAUCACACUAGCUUUUUUUUCUUUUUUUCGUUGUGAAUUAGAUUGGAAAACUAGAAAGUUAAAAAAAUCAGAUUUGUAGGUUUUUCAAAGUUAAACAUUAAAAUUGUAGGGAAAUUAACACCAGGACUUUAACAUGGUCGUAUUAAAGCUAGUGGCGAUUGAACUUAGUGUUGUGCAAGUUUGGUAUAAAAUUGUACAUGUGAUUUCAAAUCGAACUCGCGCUAUUUGAUGUUUUAAUUCUAUGUUAUAAAUGAUAUGUUGUACUAUAGUUUUUAAGCAAAGGUGCAAUAAAAAUUGUGUCUAUCCACGA